AUGUCCUCGACUCCAACGGAGAGCACCGCCGAGCGCGGUCUCGCAGUGGACUUAUCCCUCAAACGCCGGUGGUGGAGGUGGCGCGCACACAUCACACCGUGGUCCGAACUCACAUCGCACCAGUACAAGGGGAGCGGGACAGCCGAGGACCCCUUCGUCGUAACUUGGCUAGAGGACGACGUGGAGAACCCGUACAAUUGGGGCGACGUGUAUAAGUGGUUCAUCACAUACAUUGUGGCGGUCGGCAUGCUCAGCGUCACCAUGGGCUCGUCGAUUCUGUCGGGCAGUAUCCAGCAUGUCAAGAAGGAGUUUCCUGGUCAUCAUUCAAUGUCGUAUAUCAUGGUCACUGGCAUCUACAUUCUCGGCUUUGUUGUCGGGCCUUUCCUAUGGGCGCCGUGGUCCGAGGUAUUUGGCCGACGCUCUGCCUUCGUCUUCACCCAGAUCCCCUUUACGGUGUUCGAUGCUGGGGUCUGUGGCGCCAACAACCUGUAUACGCUCCUCAUCCUUCGCUUCUGUGCAGGUAUCUUUGGAUGCUGCGCGAUGACAAAUGCCGGUGGCAUUAUUAGCGACAUGUUCCGCGCACACAAGCGCGGUCUUGCGAUGGGAGUUUUCGGCGCCAUGCCGUGGAUGGGCCCCGUUAUUGGACCCAUCAUCGGCGGUUUCUUAGGCAACCCCGCGGGAUGGCGAUGGGUCGCGGCCGUCGCCGCAAUCUUCACGGGCUAUCUUGCGUUCAUGCACCUCGCAUUCCUCCCCGAGACGUAUGCGCCUGUGCUGAUGCGCAAGCGGGCAUUGGCUCUCACAGCCGGCGACCCGCACGGACGCAUCUACAAGUCGGAGCAGGACGUUGCCAGGCCCCUCAACACGCGCCAGCUCAUUCGCAACCAGCUCAAGGUGCCUUACGUCCUCCUCUUCACCGAACCUAUCGUCUUCAUCCUCAGCCUGUACGUGGCGACAAUCUUCGGCCUCCUCUACAUGCAGUUCACGAGUUUCCCGAUCGUCUUCCAGCAGCAACGCGGAUGGGGCCCAGGUCUCGGUUCACUCGCCUUCCUGGGAAUCUGCGUGGGGUGCAACCUUGCCCUCGUGUACAUUGUCGUGUGGGGCAACCCUAGCUACGCCCGUGCCCUCAAGGAGCGUGGUGCGUUGCCACCCGAGGCGCGCCUCCCGUCUGCCAUGGUCGGCGCCAUCAUCCUCCCGGCUGGCCUCUUCUGGUUUGCAUUCACGUGUAUGCCCGUCUCGAUUCACUGGAUCGUUCCCAUCCUCGGGACGGUUCCAUACGGUGCAGGCCUGGUCGUCCUCUUCAUGUCCGUGCAAAACUACCUCGUCGAUGCGUAUCUCCCGCUCGCGGCAUCCGUCAUGGCCGGCGGUACCGUCACGCGUUCACUCCUCGGUGUCCUCAUUCCUCUCUUUACGGUGGACAUGUACAAGGCUCUUGGACCGCGGUGGGCGUCGAGCAUCCCGGCGUUCCUCGCGCUGGCGUUUGCGCCCUUCCCGUUCAUUCUGGUCAAGUACGGCCAGAGGAUUCGGCGGUGGACAAAGUACGGUCGCGAGGCGGACGACGUUGUGCAGCGCCUUGCGGCCGCCAAGAUGGCGGCGCGCCAGGCCGAAGCGCAGGAAGCGGCCGAGGAGGAAAAGGCAACCUCCAGCGAGUACGAGGGCGAAGGACCGGGGCUGGACCAUUUGAAGAUAGACGGCGCCGGGAACGCGCUCGACGACGGCGAGGUCGAAGUGGAGAUCGAGGAGACGAUCAUGGAGGCGCACGAAGAAAUCGAACGCAUCCGCUCCCGCGCUGCGUCGCGCGCGGCAAGUGUGCGUUCCGUGCGCUCCGAGGCCGCGAAGAGUGUGUCGAGCACCGAAACCGAGUCGCCCAGCAUGUAUACUGCGCUCGAGGGUGGGCGGAGGACGCCGUUCGAGGCUAUUGUAGGUCGGGUCAAGCCGUAG